CGAUCGGGUGGACAAAUUGCACGUGUCAUGAAAUCAUUGUUGCUAAAAAUGGAUUUUAAAAAUGCAUUCAAUAACUGUAAUAAGGAUGCAGACUUUGUUCACAACUGUGUGUGUAGGUAGCAUACAGGCUGAUCAAGCAAGGUAUUGAUUUGGGGCCAAGGUCACUUUUAGUAAAAAUAGAAAAGUACUUUCCAAUCGUUAACUUUAGAUUGCAAGCGGGCAGCUUUAACAAACGUGGUUUCCAGUAGAUUUAAAUUAAUAGUGUGCAUUUUAUCCUGAGUUUAGACAGGUUUAACCCUGUGCAAUUUAAUCUUAAAUUCAUUACAAUUCAGGAAUAUGAUACAAACAUGUUUGAAAGAUUGUCAAUGCGGUUCAGAACGGAACAGUUUAUAAAAAAAUUAAACCAAUGACAACUGCUGUAAAGAUCGAUAAAUCAAUACAGGUUUAUCAGACCAUUUCUAACUACCAAUGACACAAGCACGCUUGCUUACUGAAUAGAUAUAUCAAGUUUCAAUAUAUUUUUAGAAAAUGGCCUAUACCUCAGCAUAAUGACAAACAACUGUAUGCAAGGUGUUAUUGAAACUAGACAAAAGAGUUGAUAUUUCAAUCUAUAUUUAAAGCGUGUUGUUAUUGGAUACCACCAGUACAUUAUAAGCCUUAAGACGUUGAAGUUUAGUGAAUUUGUUCAUAUACUUAUAUAAAACUGUGUCUUCAUGCUUCACAUUCGGGUGCCAACAUUCAUCCAAUUUAUAAAAGGAGUCAACAAAAUAGUGAAAACAUAGCUUGUUAAUCUAAGGACAGUUUACAAUACACUGUACCUAUUGAAAAUGGCAACUUCUACAGAUUUUCUUGAUAUAAGUUCAGAUUUUGUGAAGGACUAUGUUUGCAGUGCUUACGAAAGUCAAAAUAUUGAAAAAUGUGCUGAUUAUUUCUGUGCAACAUGUAUGACCUUUUUUUGUGACAAAUGCAUUCAUCAACAUGAUCAAUUAUAUAAAAACCAUUCCAAAUAUGGAAGAGGAGAACAAAAUAAAUGGCCUCUCACAAAAAAAAUGGAGGAUUUGCUUUUGAAAUGUGAUGUCCACACCGACGAGAAACUAAAAAUGUUUUGUCAGGACCACAGUCAGCUGUGCUGCUCUGAUUGUGUUCUACUGAACCACAGACAGUGCACCAAUGUGGCUCUUAUUUCUGAGUCAGCUAAAAAGCUAAAAAGGCAUUAUUGGAUAUGAAACAGUUGUCAAUUAACCUUAAAACUAUUCUUGAUCAAGUAAAUAUGUUUAAGAGUACACAAGAGGCCAGCAUUCAGUUCUUGGAGGUAUCAUACACUGAAAGAUUGCAAGAAAUCCAAGACAUGCGAAACAAAUUGAAUGCUACUUUGGAUGAGCUAGAAAAUACAACAAUAAAAGAGCUUGAUGAAACAAGGACCACAUUGCAAAAAUCUCUUAAGAAUAACAUUGACAAAUGCAGCAGACUAAAGGAUGAACUACAACAACUUGGUGAAGCUGUACAGAGCCUUUAUGAAAAGAGCAAAAAAGAUAUUGAAUUUAUAGCCAGCAGGAAAUGUCUAGACAAAAUACAAGAGUCUGAGACAUAUCUGAAGAAGAACCCUGUGAAGGACCAGACUUUCAUGAUAUUCCAUGCAGACAUUGACAUCGAGCAGUACCUGUCAAAAAAGUCAGGUUUGGGGAGGGUGUUGACUGUGAAGAGGAAGUCCGAGUAUAAUGUGAAAACAUCGAGUGACACAAAGACUUGCAUAAUCACAGGCAUUUGCAUCCUGCCUAGUGGCCAUGUCAUUGUUGUUGAUAGAAAUAAUGAAAAAGUUAAGCUGAUUGACCAGCAGUACAAUAUAGUCAACCAAAGUAAGGUGUCAGGUUUUCUAUCAGACAUUUGCCUCAUAACACCCAGUGAGGUGGCUGUGACUGUUGGCAAUGAUGUGCAGUUCAUCUCUGUGAGAAAUGGGCAGCUGAUUACUGGGAGGAGGUUUCAGUUACCGCAUUAUGUUGUCGGUAUUGCCCACCAUCAUGGAGCAUUGUACGUCAGCUCUGGCACUGCCCUGUACCACUACACUCUGACUGGGACACUUGUGAAAAAAUUGUAUGAGGAUACAGGAGGUGGUAGUAGAGUGUGGAAGUGUGCAGUGAGUCCUGCUGGGGACAGGAUAUAUGUCACCAACCAUGCCCAGGACAAGCUACUCACACUGGCCAUGGAUGGCACCCUGAUAUCCACAUUUACUGACCCUAAACUGCAACGUCCAUGGGGUGUUCAUGUUACACUGGCAGGACAGGUGUUUGUCUGUGGAAACACCUCCCAUACUGCCAUACAGGUGGAUCAUGAGGGCAAAAAGAAGUUGGCACAGAUAGAUGGAGUGACGUACCCAAUAUCUGUCUGGGUGAACACAAAUAUUGAACAGAUCAUUGUGGGAACAUACGGAACCAACAAAAUAGUUGUUCUGGAACUCCAAUAGCUCUACCAGUUGAAUAUUGUAGUAGUCCUCUGAUACAGUUGUUCAAAUCAUGCCCCCUGGGGUCAAAACUUGCUUCAGCCCUGGACUCAAAUUAUUUAUAAAGACUUGUAUAGUAAAUAUCUAUAACUUAAACAACUCAUUUGAAACAACAAGGGUCAGGCAUUUGAUAUUUGGUGUGCAACAUACAAUAGUUUUCCUCUUUUCUUCUUAUAAGUUCAAUUAAAUCAUGUGUCUGUGGUGAAAACUUUUUAAA